ACAUCAUAUCAUCAAUCGUGUGUGUACAUCACACCAUCAAUAGUGCACGUACACCACACCAUUAAUCAUCUGUGCACUCCCACCAUCAAUCAUGUAUGUGCAUCACAACAUCAAUCAUGUAUGGAUAUCACAACAUCAAUCAUGUAUGGACAUUACAUCAUCAUUAUGAACAUCUUACCCUCAAUCAUGUAUGGCCAUCAAAACAUCAAUCAUGUAUGGACAUCACAUCAUGAUGUAUGGCCAUCUUACCCUCAAUCAUGUAUUGGACAUCACACGAUCAAUCAUGUUUGUACAUCACAUCAUCAAUCAUGA